AGGAGAUAAAAAUAAAUCCACUUGAGAUGUGACCACACUAUGUACAAAAAGGCAAGUAUAACUGGAACUGGGAAAAAGCAAAAAAGGAAUACAGGUCAUAGAGAGGCCAUAUUAGCCACCUGCAUGACCUCAAGACUUCAAGACACUAGUACAACACAUACUCUAUAAAACACAUACAUUGCAUACACUACACUGACACAAUCUGCAUACACUAGUACAACACACAAUCUGCAUACACUAAUACAACACACACACUGCAUACACUACACUGACACACAAUCUGCAUACACUGGUACAACACACACACUGCAUACACUACACUGACACACAAUCUGCAUACACUAGUACAACAAACACACUGCAUUCACUACACUGAUACACAAUCUGCAUACACUAGUACAACACACACUGCAUACACUUCACUGACACACAAUCUGCAUACACUAGUACAACAAACACACUGCAUUCACUACACUGAUACACAAUCUGCAUACACUAGUACAACACACACUGCAUACACUACACUGACACACAAUCUGCAUACGCUAGUACAACACACACACUGCAUUCACUACACUGAUAGACAAUCUGCAUACACUAGUACAAAACACACUGCAUACACUUCACUGACACACAAUCUGCAUACACUAGUACAACAAACACACUGCAUUCACUACACUGAUACACAAUCUGCAUACACUAGUACAACACACACUGCAUACACUAAUACAACACAUACACUGCAUACACUACACUGACACACAAUCUGCAUACACUAAUACAACACACAUACUGCAUACACUAUACUGACACACAAUCUGCACACACUGCAUACACUACACUGACUCACACACACUGUAUUCACUACACUGACACACACUCUGCGUACACUAGCCUAACACACACUCUGCAUCCACUACCCUAACACACACUCUGAAUUUACUACACUGACACACUUUGCAUUCACUACACUGACACACAGUCUGCACUCACUAUACACACAGCAUUCACUAUACUCACACUACAUCCACUACAGAAACACAGACACUGCAUCCACUACACACACUGCAUACACUAGUACAACACACACCCUGCAUACACUACACUGACACACUGCAUUCAUUACACUGACACACACUCUGCAUCCACUACCCUAACACACACUCUGCAUUCACUAUACACAAAACAUCUACUACACACACACAUUCUGCAUACACUACCAUAACACACACUCUGCAUUCACUACACUGACACACUCUGCAUUCACUACACUGACACACAGUCUGCACUCACUAUACACACAGCAUCCACUACACACACAUUUUGUAUUCACUAUACUCACACUAAAUCCACCACACAUUCAAACACUCUGCAUUCAUUGUACACAGACACUGCAUCUAAUACACACACAUUAUAUCCACUACACAAACACACACACUGCAUCCAUUACACACACACUACAUCCACUACACAAACACACUCUGUAUUCACUGUACACACACUACAGCCACUGCACACACACUACAGCCACUGCACAAACACACACUACAUCCACUAAACAAACACAUUCUGUAUUCACUAUACACACUACACAAACACACACACACACUGCAUCUAAUACACACAAACACUACACACAUUACACAAAUGUAAAAUCAUUAUACACACACUUUGCAUCUAUUGCACGCAUUCUAAUUCUACAUCCACUGUACACACACCACUUUCAGUUCUGCAUUCUUGUGGGCAGUCCCAGAAAGAGCCCUGUGGGUGGAGUCGGGGAUGGGCCCCCGGGGCCCAGACCUUCAGCUUUGUUAGGGGUCCCAAAAUUUCUGAUGGCAGCCCUGUGUGUGACUUUUAGUUUUUAAAGUCUAACUUAUGAAUUUGGUAACUUCUAAAGCAAAGACCUAAAAGUGAAUGUCUAUAGGGAUCGUAAACAGUCCAGUUAUUCAUUUAUAACUGGUUAGUUUUGAACCAAGGAGCGUGCAUUUUUUUUUACUGUUUUUCAUUCUCUUUCAGCAAUGUCUCACAUGGAUAACAUAUUAGAUGCGCGUCCUGGCACUGCAGGUGUCAGGGUUACGGAUUUUGGAUGGCAAGGACUGCUUAACCCAAAUCCACUAAACAGAGACGAUGAUGAAGGCCUUGUGGAUGAUUAUCUUUCGCCGGCUAAACUGGUAAACCACCUGCAUAAGAAAAUUAAAUAUCUCAGUAUCAUUGUGCUACUGUAAGCCAAUGUGACAUUUGAAAGCUGAGACAACAAACCUUUUGCUGUCUCUCAACCUAAAGCUUACAUCAAUCGAAGUACAUGUUUAAACCAGUUAAUGGAUACUUCUAUUGAGGUGACAUUGGGUCUCGGAAACUGAAUAUUUUGACCUUUAAUUCUGUUCUUUAUUUAUAAUAUUCUUUUUUCAUUAACAGAGAGCUCUUACUGGGGAGGAGAAUCUAACAGAAGUUAGGACACUCCAGAUUUGCUUGAACACCGGGGAGCACAGCCUGGGGAAUUUUGGUGAGGGAUACUUUUUAGGUGAGGGGUGAAGCUCACCUUUUUAAAACAGUUUUAUUCCAUAAUAUUCUUAACUCUGCUGUGAAUAAGGUUGACACAAGUCCAUCAAGGUCAAUCAAGUAACCAAAUUAAAAAAGAAAUCUCCUGAACAGACAAUUUAGUUAUUUUGGCCUUAAUUUUGCAAGUUGAUUAUCAACUAACCAUAAUUCACUGUGAGGUGAAGAAGACAUCAAAUAUCUCAUAUAUUCUAGACCAGUGGUUCUUAACGUUUAUGAUAAGGAUCCACAUUACGUACAUGGUUAGGUUUGGAAAACCAUUCUUAAUUUGCAGUGCCAUCUUAACAACAUUACUCAGAACUCACGACUUACAAGAAUAAAACUGUAAAUUAUCGAUUAAAUUAAGAUUUAUUAGUACCUCCAACAAAUGCAAUAUACACACAGAAUGCAAAAUACACACAGGCUGCUGUAUACACACAGAGGCUGCUGAUUACAAACACUGGUUGCUGAAUACACAUACACACAGACUCCUGAAUAUAGACAGACUCCCGAAUAUAGACAGACUCCUGAAUACAGACGGACUCCUGAAUACAGACAGACUCUUGAAUACAGACAGACUCUUGAAUACAGACAGACUGCUGAAUGCAUACACAGAGACUGCUGAAUACACACAGACAGACUGCUGAAUAUACACACAGACUGCUAAAUGCACACGCGGACUGCUUAAUACACACAUACAUACUGCUGAAUACAUACACACAGACGGCUGAAUACAUGCACAUAGACUGCUGAAUACAAACAUAUACUGUUAAAUACUCACACAGUACACACACAGACUGCAGAACACACACACACAUAAACAGACUGCUGAAUACAGACAGACUGCAGUGUGUGUGUGUGUGUGUCUGUGAGGGGUGCAGUGUGUGUGUGAGGGGUGCUCUGUGUGUAUGUGAGGGGUGCUCUGUGUGUAUGUGAGGGGUGCAAUGUGUGUAUGUGAUGGAUGCGCUCUGUGUAUGUGAGGUGCUGUGUGUGUAUGAGAGGUGCUCUGUGUGUGAGUGGUGCUCUAUGUGUAUGUGAGGGGUACUCCAUGUACGUGAGCUGUGCAAUGUGUGUAUGUGAAGGGUGCUCUGUAUGUAUGUGAGGGGUGCAAUGUGUGUAUGUGAUGGGUGCUCUGUGUGUGUGUUUGAGGAGUGCAAUGUGUGUAUGGGAAGGGUGAGGGGUGAUGUGUGUGUGUGUGUGUGUGUAUGGGAAGGUUGCUGUGUGUGUGAAGGGUGCUGUGUGUGAGUUUAAAGGGGUGCUGUGUGUCUAUGUGAGUGCUGUAUGUGUAUGUGAGGGGUGCUGUGUGUGUGUGUUAGAGGUGCUGUUUGUGUGUGAGGGGGUGCAUAGGGAUAAGGGAUUUUUGUUAUUUUUAACAAAGGAGCUGCAGGCUGUAUUCACUCUUCCCGCGAGCAGAAUACUGUAUCGGAGCACUGCCGCGGUAUCGCUCUGACAGCAUGCUCGCGGGAAAAACUGCCUCCCAGGUCCUACCUCUUCCUAACGAAGGGACUUUGGGCCAGUGAGUGAGAUCUAUGAUCUCCCCACCGGCCCGAGAGGGCCCAUAGCAAGGGAGCAGGGCCUUCUUUCUGUAAUGCCAGCAGGGGAGAUCAAAGGAUCCCCCAUGUUGGCCCAGUACAUGGGCAACACUGUGCCCGUGCGGAAAGACGAUCCUGUCCAUUUUCCUUUUUAGUUCACCGAUUUAUUCCUUAAUUGUGAUAUAAUUAAAGAGCACCUUCAGCAGUUUCUUCCUUUUCAUCCCACUGUCAAAGGUGUCUCCACGGCUGUCUCACUAUUGUAACCAUUUUUUGUGAACCAUUGCCUGGGGCCAGAUAGAUAUGAUGAGCCUGUAAGGACUCACUGAAAUAGCUCAAAUACCAUUUUAAAAUGUUCUACUCUGAUAAUAAAUAAAUAAGGGAUUGCUGUGUUUCAUAUUUUCAUAUAAAGUAAGCUUCCACUGUGUGUGCUGUUUUAAGAAUUCAUACAAUAGAGGUAACAAAUAUCUAUCAUCUUUCUUUCUACCCCAGGUUCUUAUAUGCCCAAUCUUCGGCAACUCAAACUCAACAACAGCCUUAUAUUAUCUGUGAGGUAAGGAGAUUAUCUGCACAUUUAGGGCUCAGUUACAACCUUGUUGCUACUUUUCAGCAACCAGUUGCUACUCGUUACUGUUACUACUGUUAAAGGGACACUAUAGGCACUCAGACCACUUUAUCUCAUUAAAGUGGUCUGUGUGAAGUGUACCUGUCCCCUUAACUCACGCUUUGCAUGAGGAUCUCCAGCGUGGGCGUCCGUCACAUGCACAUUAGGUUCCUCCUUGCAAUGAUGUCAGAGGAGGCUGAAGCACUGCCAGUACCGAGGGGGGAGGGGGAGGUGUUCAUUGUUGGAAGGCUGUAUAAAUAUUUCAGCUUAACUGACUAGUGUGGCACAGUCAUUAUUGCACAAACAAGCAGUACACAAUUAGAAACUAUUUGUUUUGUAAUCAUUAUGAGGAUAAUAUAUUUUAAAGGGGAACUAGAGUUUUUAGAUUGCUUACUUAAAUCCUAAAUUAAUAAAUUUACAUUAGUGAUGUUUGUAAAAAUUGGAGAGGAGAUUUCUGCUAUCUCCUUUUCUAAAGCAAUAUGCUCGCUGGCUGUACCAAAAAUGAACUGAAUCAAUAUAUGAACUCAUAAAUCUUUAAUAUACAGUUAAAAGAAAAUGGUGCAUCAUGUGAAAAUAAAUGUUCAAACAAAUAAAAGGUUAAUUUAAACCAUUUUAUUCAAUGGUAUACUUUCCAAAGUAUCUCUGUAUACAGUAAUAUGUAAUAUCAGGAUUGCUAUCUGUUGUGUCUAUUUCUGUCUAAUACGAUUUUUUCUAUAGAAUCCUUAUUUCACAAUCUCUUGAUCAUUUGCUACUGUUCAUCACGUUCUUUUGGUGGUCUAGUAUUAGAACAAAAGGCAAAACAUAUUUACUUUUACAUAUGUGUUUGCGCAAAUGCGGAUUGCAAUAAAUAUGGCUACAUUGAAAUUGAUGACGAUGUCACUAUCAGCUAGUUCAUUGUGCUAUGUUUUCUUUAAUUGUCUUUUUAAUAUGCUUUGUGUUUCCUUCCAGAGAUCUUGGUACUUCCCUAUCACAUUUGGAGGUGCUAUGGAUGGUUCGGUGUGGUAUUACAGAUCUCGAUGGCAUUGCCUCAUUAUGUGCCUUAAAGGUAAUCAGAAGCAUGACACGUUUCAUUGACAAUAUUUCACUGCAGCUUGCAGUGAAGAAUAGUGCAUGAUUCAAACACAGUUGUGAUCAGAUAUCUACAAGUCUAAGUGCUAAUAAUUCACUCUGAUUCUUGUGAAUAGAAGAUUUAAUUUUUCUACCUCUUUUCUCAGCUCCUGUAUUCAUACACAUUGUUGGUACAGGGAUAAUACAACCCGUGAUUAUUAUUUUCCAUGUGAUUUCUUGGCAUUUCUGUGCCAGUUAAAAUUACAAUUACAUUUAAAACUAAGCUUGCCGUAGUCUGCUUCCACUAAGACUAAGUGUCAGAUCUUCUACUUCAUCUAAGUGAAAAUGACAAGCUAGACUUCAUUCUCGCAUCUCAUCUAUAAGCAUGGUGUAUGUCAUUUUUAAUAAAUAUCUGUCGAAAGUCUGGUGUAUGCUAACAUUAAAAAAAAACUCACCUGCUGAAUUAAAAAAAGUAGAUAUGCCCACAAUUAAUUAAAUCAUGCAUCUUUUCAUUUGGGUUAUAUCUUAAAACAGCGCACAAAAGCAGCAAAUCUGUUGUCUGUUUUUUUUGCACACUCUCACUUCUAACCCUGCCUAGAUUUUCUGUGGCUGUCCAAUCAUGUACUUCUGAAUGCAGCUCAAUAAGAAGUCUUUGCAAGGCAGGUGCUCUGGGCAAUUACCUGCCACUUGAGUUUAGCUCCACUGAGCUAAACAACCAGGAAGUAACAGGACCUGUUAUCUGAUUGACAGUUAUGGGGGAGUAACAAGGUUAAUUUAUAAAAGUGCCAAUAUGUAUUGAAAAUGAAAAAAGAAGACACAAUCUUCACACAUAAAGCACCUCCGUAACAUAAAGUGCAUUAGGGGUCUAGAGUUUCCCUUAAUGGGAUUAUUCUGUAAAUAAAAACAUGUUUGUAUUCAAAUAAAAUAAUUGACAAAUUUCAUCUAAGGUAGUCAAGCUAUAACUCAUGUAUUUUAGUCUAAAUUUUGCAGUUUGGUUCCAGUGCAGUACAAUUUGCUGUUUAGUGAAUAAAUCACCAAGCUCUAGAAAGGCCUUGGUUAGCGGCCCAUACAUUGCUGCUUGUAUUAUAAACAACACUAAAACCACUUUGUGAGUAACCCCUGAGUGCCUGGACCAUGUGUGUUUUAUUACAUGCCUAUGCCGGUUAUACCUACCUCAAUUCAGCUUGCAGCUUGUGGUUGGGGCAUAGUGUGGUUCCUGGUUUUAUUAAAGCAGUUUAUGGCUGGGAAAGGGCAGUCUCUGUAACGGACCGUUUUGCUCACCAGAGGUUAAAAACCGUUUAGGUGAUAUUCCCCUUUCCAGAUACACCGACAGCUACUGUAAGCACCGAUCUCCCGAACUGGAAACACAUGAACACUGGAAAUAUCCGAACAGGAAAACCAUACGAAAGGGUUACACUCCUGGCAGUCAGUAUAAAAUCCAAUUCCCCCAAUAACGAGACGACACUUCGUUUUUAGGGUUAAGCAGAAUCUGACUGUACUGGCACAUACAGCCUCUUUUAUUCUCAAUCCACAAAUUUAGUACUGCCCACAGGGUUUUACAGAACAACCAAUCAAUCUGUACAAUACCCACAGACACUCCCACACAAAAUCCUCCCCUCUGCCUAUGAUUCAAUUAUCUUACACAAUGGGUAAUCUAAUUAUUACAGACAGAGAAAUACAGUUUCAUAAAACACAUCACAGGGACCCCAAAACAUGCAAUAACCCUAUAAAAAGUAUAUCCUCGGAACCGGGGGAUCUGGGUGAACCCUGAUCCGUUCAGUAUUUUGGAAGAUACAGUUUAAUGCAGAUUCCGCAGAACAUAUACAGGCUAAAUGAAAAACAAUCACUGUAUAAUGUUUCCCCUGCUGUAUAGUCAAAAACCACUACACGAUGUCUCUGGGCACCAAAUACUGGCAAAUACACCAAGUCCAAACAGUGUCUGUGAGUUAAAAUGGCCGCCAUCCAUUGUUCUCACCAUGUGCUUCAUCCAUUGUUCUCACCAUGUGCCUCUGAUACAGGAAAUGGUGGCCACCCAGUAACUCCACAGUAUGUCCCCAGAUGGUUCUUAAAGGGCCAGCAGCAGCACAACACAAAUCCAUUAUGCCCAAAUCAUGUCCUUAAAGGGUAAUACAUCGCAGGGGCCAUAGUCACAUGGCAGGAGGCUGGCAACCAGGCUUCUCCAGUGCAUAGUGGCGAGGUUGGUUCCGCCACAGUCUCCAUGCAUCUUCUAGAGCCUGGUCCUUAUCUAACCACUCCAAAACGGUUUUAGAAAGUACCAGGGGGUUGAACUUUAGUGAUUAAGUGAUUAUGUUACUUAGUUUGUCCCUUUAAGACACACAGGAGGACCUCACAACAAUGGCCAGAACAGCCCCAGGAGUGAGCAACCCAAUGACAUAUGUCCCAGUGGGCUAUUCUAACAUUGGAUGAUACCAGCAGGCUUUGCAUACUUGAAUCCUUCCUAUUCUUUUUUUGUCUGUAAUCAUAGGCAACAUGGAAAUAAUGCAUAAACAUCACAAGAGCAGGGACAUGUGCAUGUGAUUUGAGGUUAUGUCUGUUGCUUGACCUGUCUUCUUGACUUUAUAGGAGCUUUACUUAGCCUUCAACAACUUGAAUGACCUGAGCCAGGUUAGCAUGCUAGAGCAUCUGGAGAUUCUGGAUUUGGAAGGAAACAACCUGGAUCAUAUUAGGGAGCUGCAGUACCUAGCCCUGUGCACCAACCUCACUACCCUCACCCUGGAGGGUAACCCCAUCUGUGUCCGGCCUAACUUGCAAGUUACAGACGUGAGUUAUUUCUUUUUUUUUGUGAAUAUGAUUUUUAUUCAUUUUGCGUAUUUAAAUUUGCGGUGAGACGCGCAGGUCUCCAUUGCAUGUUAUUAUAAAAGGUAACAAAUUAGGCUCGCAGGCCCCAUCACAGAAGGACUCGCAGGUCCCCAUUUUCUGGUAUUUACAUUUGUUUGGGAAUGUAAAUUAAGUAACGUUUACAUGAACUGAGUGAACAUAAUGCUUUGUAAUCUUCCUUGAACCAGAUUAAUCAGUCUUUGAUUAGGUGUCAGUGUUUGUAGGCCACCCCUAUGGUCCCUGUCCACGGCGUCUCAUCGGGCCCUGUGUCCUUAGCUAUGUGUCAUCGUCCGUGGUGGGCUUGUGUUUACCCCCGUUAUUACUAUCGGUGUUUCACGUGUUUAACCAGGGGAAUGGUGGUAUUGCGGGGAAAGGGUACCCUUACCUUGGGCGUGUGGAUACUGCAUUAGCCGUGUCAUUGCUGGGCCUGUCCAGGGUUCCCUCAGGUGUUCGCAUGUUUUGGCUUUGGGGUGUCUUCCCGGGCCGGUCUGGAUGUAAGUACCAGCUCGUGUUUGUUGAUCGUUCCCAAUUAUGUUUUCCCUUGUCGCUAUGGGUGCGGAGGGGAUGAUUCAGUCAAUGAUGAUGCUCUGGUAUUUCGCAGGGGGCAAGAGGGGGGGGAAUGUGUCUGGGUGGGAAGAAAGGAAGAAGGGGGGGGUAGUUCCGUCCAAUUCGUCUGUCGACCAUCUAGCGUCGUCUGGGGUGUGUGUUCUGAGUACUAUCUGUCUGUGUCGUGGUUCCCGUUAAUGUUAGGCCUGAGUUCUAAUUGGAACUCUUCUUUUGCCGUCUCUAGAAUCCAGUGCGUCCAGAUGCUCAUGUAGGUAGUGGGUGUAGUGUUGGCCGUCAUGGUCAGUUCCUCUAUCGACCUUAGUUCUUCCAUUUGGCUAAACCAGGUCGAGAGUGGAGGUGUAACUGUUUGUUUCCAGAAUUGGGGGAGCACUCGUUUGGCCACGUUAAGUAUUCUAAUGGUCAUGGAUUUUUUGUAUUUGGAUCGGGGAACUGUUGUGUGGUGUAGGAGCAUCGCUGCCGGUUCCAGGGGGGGGGGUGCGUCCGCGAACUUCUCUAGCAUUUUGUGUAUCCUCUUCCAGUAUGGUUGGAUCAACGCGCAAUCCCACCAGAUGUGUUUUGUGGUGCCCACCUCUCGUUCACAUCUCCAGCAGAGUCUGGAGUGGUCUGGGUUUACGUGGUGAAGGAGAUGUGGUGUCCUAUACCAAUGUGUUAUAAGCUUGUAGGCCGUUUCCUGUGUUUUGCUGUGAGUGGAACAGUGGUGUGUAAGGUAGCAGAUGGUUUCCCAUUCUGCUUCCGUUAGUGUGUUACCCAGGGCUGUUUCCCAUUUUCCCAUGAAUAGCGGUGUCUCGGACGGGGUUUCUGAUUGGAGCAUGGAAUAUAAGAAGGACACUCACUGCGGGAGCGGAUCUGGGUGUGAGCUGACCACUUCUAUCGUGGUCUGGUCUCUGGCCAGUGCUGGUCCCUGCGGCAGGGAGUGGAUGUAAUUGGUCAGUUGGGCAUGUCGGAAGCGGUGCAUAAAGGUCGGGGGCGUCUCUCCCAUCAAGUCCGUUAGUGUUUUACAUUUCCCACCUUGGAGGAAGUGGUGUAGGCGUGGGGUUCUGUCUGGGAAGAUGUGUUUGAGGGUUCCAGGGUCCAGACCCGGCGGGAAGUCCUCGUUGUUUGUCAGGGGCAGGAGGGGGGAGGGGUACGGUGCCAUAUUCCCUUUCUUUGCGGCCUUCCUCCAAACUCUCAUAGUGUGUCUCGUGUAUAUGGACAUGUCACCUCUAUCGGUUGUGUCUCUGCCCCAGGGAAGCCCCGAGAUCGGUCUGCCUGCUUCUGCCUCUUCCACUGUCUUCCAUAGUUUGUGAACUCCGUCUUUAGACCACUCCAUGAUUCUCUGCAGGUGUGUGGCUACGUAGUACUGGUGGAAGUCUGGGAGGGCUAGUCCCCCUUUGUCUUUAGGACGUGUCAGUGUGGAAAAUUUCACUCUGGGCCUCCUCCCGUUCCAUACGUAUUUUAUCAUUUCUUUUCUGAGUGUGUUAAAGAAGGGGCCUGGUAUGACAGUGGGGAUGGCCUGGAAGAGGUAUAAGAGGCGCGGAAGGAAGUUCAUUUUUAUGACCUGCACUCUCCCGAGCCACGAUAUGUGCGGGUAGGACCAUUCCCUCAAGUCUCGUUGGAACGUGUGUAGUAUAGAGGCGAAGUUGUCCCUAUACAGGUCUCUGCUCUGCUUGGUCAGCCAUACCCCUAAGUAUCUAAUUUUUUGUUCGGCCCAUUGAAAGGGGAAGCUGCGUCGUAGCGGGUCCGCGCGUGUGGCGGGGACGCUAACAUUAAGGAUGUAGGAUUUGCCGUAGUUAAUUUUAAGGUUAGAUAUAGCGCCAAAUGUCCGCAGGUCUUUCUGGAUGUUUGGGAGGGUGAUCUCGGGGUUGGUCACCACGAAAAGUAAGUCAUCCGCGUACGCCGCUACCUUGUGGUGUAUUUGGCCUGUCGUCCGGCCCGUUAUGUCUGGGUUGUGGCGGAUGUGUGUGAGGAAUGGUUCCAGGGCGAGAGCGAACAGUAGCGGCGAGAGGGGACAUCCCUGUCGCGUGCCGUUGUGUAUGGUAAAGGUCUCAGUCAGCGCCCCGUUAACUAAUACCUGGGCCGUCGGUGCUCGGUAUAGCGCCUCUAUCCAGCGUCGAAUGUGGGGACCCAGCCCCAUGUGGGAUAGCGUCUCGAAGAGGUAGUCCCAGCUCACUCUAUCGAAGGCCUUCUCUGCGUCCGUGGACAACAAGAGGAGGCCUCCGUCCGUGCCUCCACCUCCGUGCAUAAGUGUGAGCGCUCUGAUGGUGUUGUCGCGUGCCUCGCGUCCUGUCACAAAUCCCACCUGGUCGGGGUGGACCAGAGACGGGAUAUGUUUGGUGAGGCGCACCGCCAGGAUCUUGGCUAGUAGCUUAAUGUCGCAGUUGAUUAGCGAUAUUGGUCUGUAAUUCCCGCAAUGCUCGUGAGUUAUUUCUGAUUUGUUAUGGGCUCCUAUCCCUGUGUAUGGCUUUCCACAGUGCUUCAUUGUGGCAGGUUAAUUUUCUUAACCGUUUAGUGUCACUGAAUAGAUUAAUUUUGACUCCAUUGAUACGAUGUGCCAAAAAUGUAUCAGGGCUAUGUUUGCAGCACAUUCUGGCAUCAAAACAGGUUAGACAAGCAGUCUCCUGAGCCUUAAGCAGCAUCCUGCUUAUUGUAUAGUGUAUAAUUAUGUCCUUGCUGAGUAAGGUAUCCAGACUCCCAAUGGUGUGCUAUCUCUGUUCUCAUAAAGCAAUAUAACAAGGUUACCAUCCUUGUCUCUGUGACUGUCUGGCUCACCCCAAUGAUCUGAUUUCAUCCUGGGUGAAGUCAUUCAUUCUAGUGAUUUCAUACACAGGGCGUUCCAAUGCCCAUCCCCCACAAAACACAUCUGAAUCUUGAAAGGGUCAAAUUCCUAUAUGCCAGCAGAUGGAAAGAAUAUGAAUAGCUGCGGGCUUCAAGGCCUGUAUGUGAAGCAUUGUGUCAAGAUGCACAUUAUCUCUUAGAAUAUCAAAUUUCUCAAUGUUGAUUGGAGACAGAGGCACGUGGUUGUGGUGUUGGUGCGACAAUGCAUUUUAUGGUUACCCACGUAAUAACUGCUUUGUAGACCUCUGUUGCUGCAAAUCUCUCUCCUUACUUACUUUAUUUCAGAAAUAAUAUAAUAAUCACUUGUUUUUUUGUGUCCAAUAAGGCAAGGUCUAUAUAGCUCAGUGCCUGGUAGUCAAGCAGAGAAGGUCUAUUGACUUCUGCAAUGCAAACCUGUCUUCUGCUCUCUCACUGCCCGUACUAUGAACAACGGAACAGUCCAGGGUUUGACUUAACACCUACAGUGAUUUAUAUAGCUUUGGCAGGGAAGCAAGAAAAGAACAAACAAUGCUGUUUAAGGCACCAAUGUAUUUUUAUUCAGUGCUAAACUAAGACAACUCACGUAGGGCUACCUGAUCACUUGGAAACGUAACCAUGUUUCAGAUCGAAUUUUUGCAUCUGUAUAAUUAUAUUAUUGUUUGUAGUUCAUAUUCACACUGGUUAAUUGAAUACCUAUGGAAUGUUUUAUUGCUAAAAUUUGUAUUUUGGGGCACAAAAUAUGUUACUCAUGUACUUGAUUAGAAAAGACAAACAUUGUACAUUAACAGUACAAGUCUCUAGAUUGUAAGCUUGUCUGUGCAGGGUUCUCAUCUUGUUCCUGCAGAAAUUUGUAAUAAUUUUGUCUCAUUUGUUGUUAAAUUCACUUUAAUAAUAGUGUAAAGAAUAAGUUGACACUAUAUAAAAGUCAGUAAAAAUAAUAACAAUAAAUUAAACAAAGAAUGCACACUAACCAAUUUCUCAUAUUUUUUUUUUCUCUCUGUACUAACCUUCUUAGGUUCAAGAUUAUAAUUAUCGAAAGGUGGUUAAGAAUAUAAUUCCCCAUUUACAAAUUCUGGAUGAUGUUCCAAUUGACCAACUUAAGCCAGUCUCCCCUGUGACCCCCAAUUAUGAUUGGCAGAUGGUGACGGAUGGCAUUAAAGAGAAUUUUGCAAGUCCUAGUGACACAAGAUCAGGUGAGCAAUAUGAGGAAAACUAUUCUGGCAAAAAAAAAUUGUUUAAAAGGCACUCUGAGCACCAAAACCACUUCAGCUUAAUUAAGUGGUUUUGGGGCAUAUAUCAUGCACUUGCGUUAAAUCACUUUAUUUCUCCAGUCCAAACUGCACCACCCCAGCUGUGACUUAUAUACCGUAUUUAUCGGCGUAUAACACGCACCGGCGUAUAACACGCACCUCAUUUUAAGAGAGAAAUUUCAGGGAAAAAAAACUUAAAGGACCACUAUAGUGCCAGGAAAACAUACUUGUUUUCCUGGCACUAUAGUGCCCUGAGGGUGCCCCCACCCUCAGGGACCCCCUCCCGCCGGGCUUUGGAGAGAGGAAGGGGUUAAACACUUACCUUUCUCCAGCGCCGGGCGGGGAGCUGUACUCCUCCUCUCCUCCUUGCUCGCGACGUCAUCGGCUGAAUGCACACGCGCAUUCAGCCGGUCGCAUAGGAAAGCAUUUACAAUGCUUUCCUAUGGACGCUUGCGUGCUCUCACUGUGAUUUUCACAGUGAGAAGCACGCAAGCGCCUCUAGCGGCUGUCAAUGAGACAGCCACUAGAGGCUCUGGAGGCUGGAUUAACCCUCAGUAUAAACAUAGCAGUUUCUCUAAAACUGCUAUGUUUAUAAAAAAAAAAGGGUUAAUCCUAGAGGGACCUGGCACCCAGACCACUUCAUAAAGCUGAAGUGGUCUGGGUGCCUAGAGUGGUCCUUUAAAUUUCAAAUAAAGAACUUCUUUUCCCCUUCCCCCUCUUACCCCCCUUUCUUACUCCCCCUCUUCUUACCCCCCUUUCUUACUUCCCCCCUCCCCCUCUUCUUACCCCUCCCUCUUCUUACCCCCCCCCUUUCUUGCUCCCCCUCUUCUUACCCCCCCCUCCCCCUUUCUUACUCCCCCCUCUUCUUACCCCCCCUCCCCCCUUUCUUACUCCCCCCCUCUCCUUACCCCCUCCCCUCUUCUUCCUCCCUCCACCCCUUUCUUACUCCCCCCUCCCCCUCUCUUAAUCCCCUCCUCCUUCUUACUCCCCCCUCCCCUCUAUUUACCCCUUUCUUACCCCCUCCCCUGUAGCGUGGCCGAGCAGCUCUGCUGUCCGCGCGGUGGCCGGCGGAGUGAUAGGAAGGUGCCGCUCAGUGUGCACCUUCUGAACAGGAGUUUCUGUUUCCUGUACCCGUCGGACUGACAGGAGGUGCACACUGAGCGUGCACUUCCUAUCACUCGGCGGCCACCGCGACAGCAGAGCCUUCGGCCAUACAGAUGAGUACCAACUGCAGCCGCCUGAGCGCUCUUGACAGAGCGCUCAGGCGGCUGCAGUAUUUAAAGGGCCGGCGUAUAACACGCACCCACAAUUUCUCCCCUAUUUUCAGGGAGAAAAAGUGCGUGUUAUACGCCGAUAAAUACGGUAUCUUUACUACACACCUCCUCAAAAAAAAUUUGAGUCUAUUUUAGUAUAGAGUGUGUUUAAUUUAGAUGUUAUAAACUGACAUUUUAAUUAUCUGCUAGUGCCAGCAAAUAGUACAGCCUGCUUCUGUGUGAGUUUAAAGUUCUCUAAAAUCCCUCUACAGGCCCCAAAAACACUCAUAAAAACACUACAAUCCAUAUGUAAUGCGUUCAUAUGGGAACACAAAAAAACACGCAUUGCAAGUACGAUACUAUAUAAACAUUCAAAACAUGGUGGAGUGGGGCUACCCAAUAUAGAUCUGUAUUAUAAAUCGUCAGCCUUAGCAACAGGGAUACUGCUACACACCACUGAAGGGAUCAUACAAUAGGUGGACAUGGAGAGAGCCCAAUUCAGCAACAACUCGGCACUAGCACACUUGUGGACACCAAGAAAAUUAAGGUCGUUAAAACCUGACCUCUUACCCACCACAAAACAUACUAUCCAAUUCUGGACGACAUUUUUGGAAAAGGUGGGGGAUAAGAAUAAAUUCCAUGCAGAGGCACCAUUGACAGCCUUACGGGCUAUUUCACCAGACAUACGCUUACAAAAGUGGUCGCUGGCAUGAAUAACACACAUACACCAACUGCUUCAAUCUCAAAGAAUGAUGACAUUCCCCGACAUACAACACAAAUGGGAGCUUCCCAAUGAUGCUAUCUUUACAUAUUUACAACUUAAGGGAAUCAUCACCACACAUGUAAGUAACCAACAAUCAAACCCUACCCCAACGUCUCCACCAACAAAGGCAAUAAUAGAAAGGUGCUGGAAACACCCCACAAAACCAAAAACCAUUUCCCUAUGCUAUAAAGCCUUGGAAGACACUACACCUAACACAUCACCACAUUGCAAAACAUUGUGGGAAAUAGACUGUGCCAUUCAACUCACAGACGAAGAAUGGAUACAUGUACUAAACGACCUAUCUAAAUGGACAAAAUGCUAUACACACAUAGAAGCACAUAUAAAGCUACUAUACAGAUGGUACCUAACCCCACACAAACUUCACAAAAUAUACGCAAACUCAACCCCACUGUGUUGGAGAUGUUCCGCAGAAGAAGGUACACUUAUACAUGUGGAGGUGCCCUAACAUACAGCCUUUAUGGACAGAGGUACACAAUACGGUCCGUGCACUCCAAAUCCCAGAUACCCAAAAGACACCUGAAACAUACUUACUGAUGAGGUUCCCUCCGACACUCCGAAACUCGCACAAACAGCUGUGUGCCAUUAUUACUUUAGCGGCCCGUAGCCUACUAGCUCUCCACUGGAAAUCCACAACUUGCCCAAGCAAAACCCAACUAUGGGACAAAAUACACCAAUUCUACAUCUAUGAAAGAAUGGCCAUACCUGAUACCAAAAUGGCACAGAGGUUUAGCACAACAUGGUCACCAUGUACAACCAGCACAUGAUACGAUAGAGCCAUAACGGCAGGGACAUCCAUUAGCCCUUUAUAAUCAUUAUCAGUAACUAUAUGUGUGAACUAAGAUAGCAUAGGGACGCAUACAAGUGCCCACCACCUGGUAAGCACAGGCAGGUCAGAUGUUGGGCUGGCUAUAUGAGCAAUGAUUGUAUAACCGACUAUGUAUACCGAUCCAUGUUACCUAACUGUACAUGCUCCCAACCGCACCCCAACGUCAAUGUUAUACCUGUUUUUGUACUGCCUUUAUGUACUACUUUCAAAUGUAUCACUGGUUCAAAUUGACGAAAAUUCAAUAAAAAAUAUAUUGAAAAGGAAAGUUCUCUAAAAUCUUCAGGAAUAGACAGGGCCGGACUGGGGAUACAAAGCAGCCCUGGAAAAAAAGUCUAUGCCAGCCCCAUAAGUCAUUGUGCUAUGUAGUGUGGGUGUGUUUUUAAAUAAUAUACAAAUUAUACAUAUAUAUAGUACAUUGACGUUGUGGCAGACUUAUGCAAUUUAUGAUCAUAUAAUGUAACUAAAUCCCCAUUAUUUUUUGCCUAGAUUAGGUGUUUUUAAUAAAACUAGCAAAAUCUGUCAGCACCAAAGUAGCUGUUUAGAAGAUAAGGGAGUGCGCUGGAUUUUGAUAUAUAUAUUUAUUAGUAGUAUAUUUCUAUUUCUAAUUCAAAAUAUUAGUCCUUUCAGAGUCAUUGAAUUAUACAGGAAAGCAUACUCACAUGAAGACACAGAGAAUCUUACUGACACAAGCUCAUUGAUACACAGGCUCAGAGACAAUUUCAUUGAUAUACAUAAGCUCAUUGACAUAAAAACACAUACUUACUGAUGCACACAAAUAGGCUCACUGACAGACAAUCUGAAUGACACACACAGACAAGGUUACUAGUGCACACACUCAAAUUUAGUAUAGAAAAACUCUGAUACACACACAAGCUUACUACAGACAAGCUCACUGACGCGCACACACUCUCCCUACAGACAAGCCCAUUGACACACACAUGCUCCAUAUAGAAGAGCUCACUAACCCACAGAUUCACUACAGACAAGCUCCCUGAUACACACAUGCUAACUAGAGACAAGCUCACUGACACACACUCUCCCUACAGACAAGCUCACUGACACACACAUGCUAACUUGAGACAAGCUCACUGCACACACAUGCUCACCACAGACAGGCUUACUGACACACACAUGCUCCCUACAGACAAGCUCAGACACACUCAUGCUCCCUACAGACAAGCUCACUAACACACAAGAUCCCUACAGACAAGCUCACUGACACACAUACAAGCUGACUCACAAGCAGACGCACAAGCCCACUCACUUGCAGGCACACACAUACACAAGCUCAUUAACUAGCAGGCAUACACAUACACACACAAAUUCACUCACUAGCAGACAAACUCAUUUACAAGCAGGCACACACACACAGAAGCUCCCUCACUAGCAGACUCACACACACAGAAUCUCUCUUACUAGCACACACACACACACACACAGACACUCACAGAAGCUCACUCACUAGCAGACGCACACACACAGAAACUCACUCACUAGAAGGCACAGAAGCUCACUCACUAGCAGGCACACACACACAAAUUCCCACACUAGCAGAUGCACAUAUACACACAGAAGCUAACUCACUAGCAGAUACACACACACACACACACACACACACAGAAGCUCACUCACUCACUAGCAGAUGCACACACACACAAGCUCACUCACUCACUAGUAGAUGCACACACACACGCAAAGUUUACCUGGCACUGGUAGGUGAAGGUGUCAAUUUCUAUUUCUAAUUCAAAAUAUUAGUCCUUUCAGAGUAAUUGAAUUAUACAGGAAAGCAUACUCACAUGAAGACACAGAGAAUCUUACUGACACAAGCUCAUUGAUACACAGGCUCAGAGACAAUUUCAUUGAUAUACAUAAGCUCAUUGACAUAAAAACACAUACUUACUGAUGCACACAAAUAGGCUCACUGACAGACAAUCUGAAUGACACACACAGACAAGGUUACUAGUGCACACACUCAAAUUUAGUAUAGACAAACUCUGAUACACACACAAGCUUACUACAGACAAGCUCACUGACGCGCACACACUCUCCCUACAGACAAGCCCAUUGACACACACAUGCUCCAUAUAGAAGAGCUCACUAACCCACAGAUUCACUACAGACAAGCUCCCUGAUACACACAUGCUAACUAGAGACAAGCUCACUGACACACACUCUACCUACAGACAAGCUCACUGACACACACAUGCUAACUUGAGACAAGCUCACUGCACACACAUGCUCACCACAGACAGGCUUACUGACACACACAUGCUCCCUACAGACAAGCUCAGACACACUCAUGCUCCCUACAGACAAGCUCACUAACACACAAGAUCCCUACAGACAAGCUCACUGACACACAUACAAGCUGACUCACAAGCAGACGCACAAGCCCACUCACUUGCAGGCACACACAUACACACACAUACACAAGCUCAUUAACUAGCAGGCGUAUACAUACACACACAAAUUCACUCACUAGCAGACAAACUCAUUUACAAGCAGGCACACACACACAGAAGCUCCCUCACUAGCAGACUCACACACACAGAAUCUCUCUUACUAGCACACACACACACACACACACACACAGACACACACAGAAGCUCACUCACUAGCAGACGCACACACACAGAAACUCACUCACUAGAAGGCACAGAAGCUCACUCACUAGCAGGCACACACACACAAAUUCCCACACUAGCAGAUGCACAUAUACACACAGAAGCUAACUCACUAGCAGAUGCACACACACACACACACACACAGAAGCUCACUCACUCACUAGCAGAUGCACACACACACAAGCUCACUCACUCACUAGUAGAUGCACACACACACGCAAAGUUUACCUGGCACUGGUAGGUGAAGGUGUAAAUUUCUGGCUUUUUCAUUCCAGUGAGGUCAGCAACUUCCGUCUGGUGGAGGGGCUUGUGUUCGGGAGGCAUGGCUUAAGUGCAGGGACAGGGCAUGUGGCCAUAAUUGCUGUACACUGUGCAGGGAGACUGACAGGUCUCCCUCCGGCCGCCAGCAGAGUAAUUGCGGCCGCACCAGCCCCUAGCUCCUCCCUUAUUACUCCCCUCGGACUGAUACAGGCUGGCACAGUCCGAGGGGAAAAUCAUUUAAAUGAUAUGUGCCUUAUGAUUAUGGCUGUGUACCCGGCCCCAGGUGCCGCGGCCCACCAGGAAAUUUCCCGGUAUCCCGGUGGGCCAGUCUGGCCCUGAUCUGAGAGACACAUUUUAGGCACUAUUCCAGCACAAUGUCAGUCUUGUAAAAUAUCCAGUAUUUAAUGAUAUAGUUAUAAUUAUAGCUUGCAAUCUCAAGUCAUAUGCUACUAGCCAGGCUACUACUGCUACUAGCCAGGCUUCUACUGCAAGCCUGGGUGGUUCAUGGUCUAUUCACUAGUGCUGAAUUUAUACUCAGACGCUAUAUUUUCAUUUGCCAAUGGCUAGUGUUUUUUUGGUUUUAUUUUUACUGGUAUCUGUGGCGAACAUAACCUCGCCAUGGGCUCCUGGAGGAGCCUGCUUGACAGCCUCCUGCCUCAGGACUAUGGGCCCUGCAAGAUACACUGUAAAAUACACUUUAAAAGGCUCUGUUCGUGUUAUUUGGGAUUUUAUUGUUCGGGAACCGAACAACCGCACAAACCAGAGACCACCCGUGUGCUUGUUAAGCCCAAUUGACACUUUGUAACGAGUUCCACUUCAGUGUUCUAAUUGUUCGUCUGGGUGGCCGCAAUUCGCAUGAACGAUCACGAGGUGGCGGCCAUCUUGUUCACAUGAACACAGGCAAUGGUGUUUGGUCGUCGAGUUCAUGGAACUGAAAUCGGACACUGAAACUCCCGAACACAGCUGGACUUCCAUAAUCGCCUGCGUUCAGUUCUGUACAACUUAGAAGGGCACUGUUUGGUGGAAUCGUUCCCACAAACAAGGUGAACAAGCUACAUAUGUUAACAAUGGAUUCUGUUCUGUAUUUUAUGCACCUUCAUACUCCCGAAAGAGACUGACCGUUAGCACUAAUUUCAUGGAACUGUUUUGGGCAUAGGACCAUUUUGGUCGGUCAAAUAAUUGACUUCCAUGGAAAAGCAGAACCACUGAACCAAUCUGGGUGAUUUUUGGAUAUGUUGGUCACCCAGUUCAGGGCUAUCCGAGAAUUUAACUUUUCUGGGGUUUUUAGCGUUUUUGGGGGUAUCUUUGGGAUGCUUAUAAAUUGUAUGUUUUUUUGUACCGGAGAGAUCAUUUAAUUAUAUGUUUGCUUCUCAGAUAAUUAUCUCUCAGGCACAAAGGAUCAUGGGAGGGAUUUGCCUGUAUUCUUGUAUUGGAAACCCCUUGCAGGUGCUUUUGCAUAAAAGGCCAUGUGUGGCCUCCAAUAAACCAGAGGACUCCCAGCAUUAAACCUUGGCUCAUGUGUGUGGGGGGAACAGCUAUACUGCUAUAUCACUUGCUCUUUUACUGGUUAUACAGCGAUACUCCCUUGCAGGAGAGGUCUUUCCACUGGGAGCUGGAUCCAGGUGCUUGGUCCAGGGUGGGAAGGGACGGCAAGACCCCAGCCAAGCUGCAGCGGCUAAAGGGGCUAAUGUGGUUAUGGUGUCCGGUGCGGUGCUUAUGGUACUCAGUGAGCACUAGGAAGCGUGAUUGGCAGAGGUACCCAGUCGGGGUGCCAGGUGGUCUGCCACAGUAUCUAUUUUCAUGUAUGUUUUAUAGCUCCUAAAUGGGCUUACUGUGUCGACAAUGCUUUUCUAGAAAGCAUUUCAUUGGACACAAUGCAAAGCAAAACGGGGGUGAAUUAGUUUAGCUGUAAAAUGCGGUAGAUGUAGGAUGUUAUGGACUUAAGAAAAUAAUUUUGAAAAAUGAAAAAAUAUAUAUAUUUUAACUUAAAGGGACACUCAAGACCCCUAAAGCACUUUACCUUGCUGAAAAGCAUUUUGUGUGAAGAGAAGGUCCUCUUUUAUUUAUUAUUUUGCAAAACGUGCAGAUUUCAAUAGAAAUUAACACUUUAAUGAAUUUACCUGAUUACACCUUCUGGCUUUCAAGGUCCUGUUACUUCCUGGUUUGUUUACUCAGUAGAUUAAACUCAAGAGGCAGCAAUUGCCCAGAGCACCUGCCUUGCAAAGACUUCUCAUUGAGCUGCAUUGGGAAGUCCGUGAUUGGACAGCCACAGAACAUGUGGGUGAGGUUAGAAGGGGAGGGCUUGCAAAGGCUACAUACAAGAGAGCUGCAGCCAUUGCAAGCUGUUUUUAGAUAUACCCCUAAUAAAAAAAAUUGCACGAUUAAAUGUAUGCAUGUUUUCAUCUGGAGUGUGCCUAAAAAAGUGAUUUUUAUUUAUUUAUUUUGUAUUUGGGCAGUGGCGUGUCCCUUUAAGCCAGCUUCACUAUAUAUGUUGUGAAAUGCUAUUUAUCUAUAUGUAUUCAAUCCUAAUAUGAAAAUAAUAUCAUCUCACAUCUUAUUUUCGCCUUUCCUCUCUGGACCAACCCCAUCUUAUAGAACAUACCUUGCUAUCAACAUUGUGCUUCUUGCUUUACUGUUUUUGCCUGCAUUUGGUUUAUUUGUCUCCAUUUCAGAAAACUGAAAACCAACUAAAUUACCUUAGCAAAUGAUGAAGGUUUGUAUUAACCUAGUUGGGCUUUGGCAAGUGGUACUGGACAGGUUAACUAAUGCCCAUUGUAAUACAAUGCUGUAUUGCCACAUUGACUCACAGAUCACUUUUACUUUCUGGUACGAACACUGACAGAGUUAUUUGUUAAACCAUGAUUUCUGGGGAUUUCAAAGGUUCUUAAACUCAAAUUUUGCAAUUCCCUUUUCAAUUCUAGUUUUAGUGGAUAACCAUGUCAUUGUUUUUCUAUGAUUUCUGUUCCUAUCAUUGUGUCAAUUAAGCUUACUGGAUCUGGUUGUAUCAUUACAUUACUGGCCACAAAAAACAGAGAAUUUUAGAAUGUCCCUGUAUAAUCACAUCACCGUUAUUGUUUAUCAUCUCGUUUUAAGGACAUGAUAUUUCCUCGUGGAAGACAAGCAUUAGACCCAGCACAGCACAGUUAAAUGUUAGACCCAGCACCGCACAAACUGCCAUUCAUAGAAGGCCAUACUCGGCACCAAGACCAACUAGUGCCGGCAGGCCGGUCACCAGCCACCAAAGAGCAGGAAGCAGUCCAUUUAGUGAGCCCAUCAAGGACAGUAUAGUGGAGGAUGAAGCUAGUGACCUAACACAUGGUAAUGUAUAUUUCCUUGUCUUCUUCUCUUUUUCCUUUCAGUUUAUCUCCCACGUAGAGAUUUUCUUAGUUUCUGUUGUUACAUGUACAUAAAUAUACACCCAUUUAAUUUUUAUCUCUCCAGAUUUCCUUUUUACACAUCACAAUUUAAAUUAAAAUGUAUUUUGGAUUUGUAGAAUGGUAAUUUGUUGCCUUGAGGAAGAGUAGGUAAUCAUCACAUCAUGAUUUCAACAUGGUACAUGAUGGUGCUCUGCUUGAGCAAUUAGAGACACAUAUACAGACAGACCUGGCUUAAAAAACAGUGGUUUUUCCACACUUGUUGGAAAUAAACCUUUCUUAGAUGUUGGAUUCCAUCCCCGCUUUGCUUUUUGCAGAUUGCUUAGUAAACUGUGAUGACCAAUUGCAUUUAAGUGAUUUAGCAAAAUUGGUCCAGACACUCAGGAGUGAUUCUCAAAGCAGAUUUAAUGGAGAUUUGUGUAUGAUACAAGCAGCAAUCCCUCCCCAAUAAGGUAUCCAUAUUGGUUAAUGGAUUUCAAAACACAGUUAGUCCAUGGAGGAGAGAUGCAGAAUACAGUGAUAUCAGUGAAUGGAAAUAUUAGAUGAGACAGCACAGGACAUUUAAUUUUAGUGAAUCUUGUUCAAAACUAGAUUUUCAUGCUCACUUCUUUACUUUUUUUCCAAAUACAGGACUGACUUGUUGGGGUUUUUUUUACCCAGGUUUCGGCCACAGGCGACCAAUGUGAUGCUUGUUUGUCCUCUAUAAUUGUGCUUUAAAAACGUCUUUAAAGAAAUACUCCAAGCACCAUAACAACUAGCACCAUCCCAGCAUAAGUAAUCACACUCUUUGUGAAUAGUUUGACAACUUUUAACUAGGGCUCACCGGGCGCGUGCUGCCACCUCCUUUGAGCCUAGAAAGCUUUGCACCUCAGCCAACAAAACCAGCCCUGCUCAGCGGAGCUAGCUGAAGUUCCUGUAAGGGGGCUCUUGAGGAGGAAGUGGCAGGUGCCCAGUGGACACCAGGUAAGUUGUCAAACUGUUCCUAAAUGGUUUGACUAUUUACCCUGGGAGGGCACCAGGUUUACGCCUAGCACCAUAAUCACUACAGUGGGGUUCUUUACACAGCAUUAUCACUUUUUAAGCACAAAUAUGUCAGGACUGGUACAAUAAAAGGUGCCACAAUUAUCCUUUGUUAUUAAAAGGUUAACAUGAUGAGAGUAGGGAUGGUAAUUUAAAAAGUUGUCUUUUCAAUAAAGGAAUUUCUAAUAUUUAAAUGAUUUUAGAGACUUUUAAACUUGACAACCAGUAUAUUAUUCAUGUUGCCCUGAAAUAUUUUAUCUGUUCAAAUAGGAGUUGGAAGAGUCAUAUGUGGAAAUCCCAUCAAAGCUCUACGGGCACGAAAGGAAAAGUUGGGGGUAAGAGACCUAAUCUCAUAAUGUGUUUUUUUUUUUUAAUGAAUACAUAGUAUAAUUAUUACAAAAUCAGUAAAAAGGAUCACUGACAUCCACAUGAAUACUAGCAGAUUUGGUGACUCACUAAACAGCAACACAAAUGCCGCUAUCUUAUACCAACUAUUGUUUCAAUAUUUUCAGAAACCACACUAUACUCUCCCACUGCUCUAAAUUUGGAAAUACAAUAAAGCAGCUCCCUCUGCCAUCACAUCUCUAUGAGUGCAAUGGAACGAGGAUUGUUUGCAGGAUAUGAGAGGGUUUAAUCAAAUGCCUAAAUCCAGCUCUUAACAUUACACAUCCCUCUAUGCCAGACAGAAUAGGUUAAAGCAUCGUUGAUUUUUGAGUGCCUUCCUCACUUUAUACAGACAAGUUCAAUCCUUCACAAAUCCUUAAUUACAGUUCCGAGUUAGUAUUUUUGAAUCUGUUUUUCAAAUGAAUAUUAUUUUUGGAUAUUUUUUUUUAAUGACUUCUUCAAAAUAUUAAAAUAUCAACAAAAAUAUAUAUCAUAUAUAAAUAAAAAAUCAAUGUAUCAAAAUUAAAUAUUCAAAUAUGUUUCAAAAUAUUAAAUCAUUUUAACAAAAUGCAACCUCUUUGGCCUUUUCAGAAAUAGGUAAUUGUCUGUCGUUAUCAUAAUGUUUUUGUCUGCAUAGGAGAGGUGCAAUAGGCCAUAACUUACUUUAUUUUUCUUACCUUGUAAAUUUUUAAUCCGUAGCCCACCACUGCCAUCCCUCUCCAGCAACCGGGAUACAAAUCGGAGCACACAUAUCAUGCUGAAGCAACAUCAGACAGUAAUCGUGAUGAUGUGUUGGCCGAGCUGAGAGCCUGGCGAGAGAAGCACCGUAUGUAAGGAAUUAUGAGAAAACACAGCCUUUUAUCUAGUUCAAUGACAGACAGAUUCUGCCAUUCUAGAAACUUUAGCGUGAACCCGAGCUAUGGUACAACUACAAAUCUAAACAACUAACGCUGGUAAAGUGUCAUGCAAAUAAUAGCUCUUAAACAGCGGUGGAUCUACCUUUUGGUCACUCUUAAAGCUUCCAUUAUACAUUGUCAGCUGAGAAUUCUGGGAUAUGUAGUUCACAGUAUGUGGAAUGAAAAUAUAUAUGGAAUGGUCUACUGUGCCUGUAGAUUUUCUGGAAUGCUUUCGGGUUUAUAAUCAUGUUAAAGAUGCCAUACGAGGGUCAAUCACACUGAGCUGUACCUCCAAACUCUUGUGUAUACUGAAAAUUCUGUGAACUUUAACUCCCAUCACUCUGGGAGUUUCAGAAUACACAGCUACAUGAAUGCUUGUACCUUGUAACCCCUAACCUUUAUGGACAGUGUUGGACAUUCUUAGUGGGAGAUACAGCUCACAACAUCUUGAAUGCGGGUGUAAUGGCACUGUUAUAAAUACUGCUUUAAUGGCGAGCAAUAUAUUCACACAGUUUUAAUUGAGAUGUUUUUAGUAUGUACAGCAAAGUUCAGUGUUGACAAUCUAGAGGUUGUGUCCAUAUGUCUCAACUUGGUGGCCUUUACCUUUCUCUUUCUCAGCCAGUUACAGAAGAUUCAGGAGGAAGGUGCACCACAGAUACUGAAGAUUAGUUAUAGCGAUGAAGAGGAAGAAGAUUGUUCCAGCAGUGAUGACGCUGAGGAUUCUGAAGAACUAAAGGAGUCCUGGGAUUUGACAUGUCUUGUUAGGGUGACUCCAGAUAUAUCAAGCCCCUCUCCACAGUCCCCUACAGGUGAAAUUUGUUGCAAAAUGAAAGCUGAAAAAGUUUGUAAAGCUGUUUCUUGUUGUAACUUUAAAUGGACUCUAUAGUCACCAAAACAACUUUAGCUAAAUGAAGUCGUUUUAGUGUAUAGAUCAUGCCUCUGAAGUUUCACUGCUCAAUUCGUUGCCAGUUAGGAGUUACAUCACUUUGCUUCUGUUUAUGUAGUCCUAGCCACACCUCCUCUGGCUGUGACUGACACAGCCUGCAUUAAAAAAAAAGUUUAACCCCUUCACGACCGAGGACGGUUCAGGACCGUCAUCGGCAUUUUUGCGUUGCCGACUGAUGACGGUCCUGAACCGUCCUAACGGUCUUAGUUACUUACCUGAUCGCCGUCGUUCCCCCGGCGGCGAUCAGCGUGGCGAUCAGCGUGGCGAUCAGCGUGGCAAUCAGCGUGGCUCCCGGUGUGGGGAGACUGCCUGCAGCCCAGACAGUCUCCCCACACUGAAUUAGGACCCCUGGGGCCAUGUGAUCGCUCAACAGAGCGAUCACAUGGUCACAAUAGGUGUCCUAGUGUCUGCCUGCAGGGGGACUGUCUGUGCUUACAGGCAGUCUCCCUGCAAGUGUAAAAUCAAAAAUAAAGUUAGUGUUAAUAAAAAAUAAAAAAAAUUAUAUAUGUGUAUAUAUGAUAUAUAGACAUAUAUUAUAUAUAUAUAUAUAUAUAAUAUAUGUCUAUAUAUCAUAUAUAUAAUGCCAUACUAAGUGUAUUUUUAUAUUAAUAUGUACUUAUAUUAAUAUAAAAAUACACUUAUAAUUAAAUUACACACGUAUAUAUAUAAUAUAUAUAAGAACUAUAUAUAUUGUAUAUAUAUAUAUAUUAUUAUAAAAUAUAAAUAAGUAAUUUAAAUUAAAUAAUUUUUUUUAAAUAAUAAUAAAAAUUAAAAAAUAUAUAUAUAAAUAUUCUAACUGUAUGAAAUUUUAUUCUAACUGUAUUUUAAAAUUAAUAUAUAUAUAUUUAUAUCAAAAUACACUUAGAAUGAAUUUGUAUAUAUAUCUAUGUAUAUAUAAAUAAAUAAAAAUAAUACGAAAUAUACAUAUGUCCAUAUACAAAAUUACAUAAAUAAUUAUAUAAAUAUACACGUAGACUUCAAAUAUAUAAAUAUGCAUAUAUAUUUAAAUUCUACGUGCGUAUUUAUGUAAUAUUUUUACAUAAUUCAGUAAUUUUAUUGAUUGCAAUUUGAGGGACCUGCCUGCCAACCCAGGCCGAAAUUCCAGAGAAUUUAAUUUGCUAGCACUGUAUUUUACCCUGUAACGUUCUACGACACCCUAAAACCUGUACAUGGGGGGUACUGUUUUACUCGGGAGACUUCGCUGAACACAAAUAUUAGUGAUUCAAAACAGUAAAACAUAUCACAGCGAUGAUAUUGUCAGUGAAAGUGACUUUUUUUGCAUUUUUCACACACAAACAGCACUUUUACUGAUGAUAUAAUUGUUGUGAUACGUUUUCCAGUUUUUAAACACUAAUAUUUGUGUUCAGCGAUGUAUCCAGUAAAUACCAUGUUAUUUUAUGAGCACAGAAAGUUACAAGGUCAAAUAUAUGGGUCAAAUAUUUUACAUUGAAAAUGGCCAGGUUGGUUACGUUGCCUUUGAGAGCGUAUGGUAGCCCAGGAAUGAGAAUUACCCCCAUGAUGGCAUACCAUUUGCAAAAGAAGACAACCCAAGGUAUUGCAAAUGGGGUAUGUCCAGUCUUUUUUAGUAACCACUUGGUCACAAACACUGGCCAAAAUUAGCGUUCAAUUUAGUUUUUUUACUUUUUUCACACACAAACAAAUAUGAAUGCUUACUUUGGCCAGUGUUUUCGACUAAGUGGCUACUAAAAAAGACUGGACAUACCCCAUAUUGAAUACCCUGGGUUGUCUACUUUAAAAAAAAUAUGUACAUGUGGGGUGUUAUUCAGAGAUUUAUGACAGAUAAUAGUGUUACAAUGUCACUAUUGAUAAAUUUUAAAAAUGUAUGUUUUGAAACCGCAAUAUCCUACUUGUACCUAUAGCCUUAUAACAUGCAAAAAAAGCAAAAAAGCAUGUAAACACUGGGUAUUUUUAAACUCAGGACAAAAUUUUGAAUCUAUUUAGCAGUUUUUUUCAUUCUCUUUUGUAGAUGAGUAAAAGAUUUUUCAAGUAAAAGUAAAAAAACAUGUUUUUUUCAAUUUUUUAUCAUAUUUUUUUUAAAUUAAAAUACAUGAGAUUAUAUAAAUAAUGGUAUGUAAAGAAAGCCCCUUUUGUCCUGAAAAAAACAAUAUAUAAUUUGUAUGGGAACAGUAAAUGAGAAAGCGGAAAAUUACAGCCAAACACCACAAAAGUGUAAAAAUAUGCCUGGUCGCAAAUGUACAACAUCGCAAAAACAGUCCAGUCCUUAAGGGGUUAAUUAAAAAAUAACUAAACAUGUUUUUUCCUGCUCUGUAAAUUGACGUUUAAUUACAUACAAUAGGCUCAUGUUUAUUUUUUCAUCUAUACAUUUGCUGGUUAGCUCAAUAUUUAAAUGAUAUUUGACCUUAAAGGGACACUAUAGUCACCAGCUUCAAUUACAGCUUAUUUAAUUUGUUCUGGUGAGUAGAAUCACUACCUUCAGGCUUUUUGCUGUAAACACUGUCUUUUCAGAGAAAAUGCAGUGUUUAUAUUACAGCCUAGUGAUAACUUCACUGGCCACUCCUCAGAUGGCUAUUAGAGAUCCUUCCUGGGUCAUGGCUGCCUAAAAUGAAUCCAAACAUUCAGUAUCUCCUCCCUCUGCAUGCAGACACUGAACUUUCCUCAUAGAAAUUCAUUGAUUCAAUUCAUCUCUAUGAGGAGAUGCUGAUUGGUCAGGGCUGUGUUUGAAUCAUGCUGGCUCUGUCCCUGAUCUGCCUCCUUGUCAGUCUCAGCCAAUCCUAUGGGGAAGCAUUGUGAUUGGAUCAGGCUACCACUUCUGAUGAUGUCAGCAGACUGCUUGUUUUUCUGCAUGCAGAUUUACAGCUUCAGGCUUGAUUACAGGAAGAUUUUUCUAUAUAUAUGGAGGCAUGAGGGGCCCGGGGGUGCUAGAUAGUGGUUUUAACACUAUAGGGUCCGGAAUACAUGUUUGUGUUCCUGACCCUAAAGUGACCCUUUAACUGAAGGUAACUGAAGAUAAACUUGACAUCCUUUAAUCACUUGCUCUAAAAGAUAUCUGAAAGGUGGCUAUUAGUUUUUUAGAUAAGCAUGUUUUUAAUGUUUAUGUGUGUCAGUUGCAUUGUUGUCAUGGGAUAGGGUGUCAUUCAGAGCACACGACUAAAAGCUGUUUCACCCUGUUAAAUAAUGCUGAAAAGUUUUUUUUCAGCUUGAAUGGACUUAACCAACAAAACAUAUAUUUUUUGAAAGCAAGCAUGAAAUACACAUUUUCUAAGAAUAUCUUAAAUAAUUUGUUACAUCAGCUAAAAUAAUAUUUAUAUCCUUUACUAAUUUUAACUCUAAAAUCUUAGGUGUUGUGCAAGCAGGAGCCAUGUAUCCUGGAGAAAUAUCAGAUGCCAAGUACAAGCCAUCUCCUCCAAUUUCCCCGUGCCCACCUUCUUCAGGAAUGGGUCAUCAGAAACCCAACAAGGGUUCAGAUUUAAGAGCGAGACGAAUGCUGAGAGAAACCAACCAGAGUGGGAGCAGAUCACCUCGGCAGACUGUUUUAGAUUCAAGUGUUGGAGAUGAAGUCUUUUCCCUGAUGGAGGUUGAAGGCAACAACUCUACGGUUCCUUAUGCUCUUCAGCUGAAUGAUGAUAGGAGUAGUGAUCUGGGUAUAAGGCCUUUUUCUGGAUCUGCACAAACCAGUUCAAGUAGUUCAAGGUAUUUAUCCUGGUGUAAUGCAAAUUUAAAAAAUGGUGUGACGGUGUAAAUGGUAUAAUGCAAAUAAAAAAUAAAAGUAAAACUUAAUUGGUACUGAUGACAAACUAGGUUCACUAGUGAUAAUAAUAUUAUUUUCAAAACAUUAGUGACAAACUUCUUGGGAUAAUAACUCUUCCAUUGUGAAAUUACAAAGCAAUAUAUAUAUAUAUAUAUAUAUAUAUAUAUAUAUAUAAAUAUUGUGUUUUCUCUGUCAUCUAUCAAAUUAGAUUUCUUUUAGUUCUCAUUGUCUACUAUCUCACAAAAGGAAAUGCUGUAUUUUUGUAACUUUGGACCACUCUUUGCUCAAUAGCAAUGCCAAACGUUUAGGAUAUAAACUUGACUAUUCUUCUACACUCUGAUUUGGACAUUGAGCUUAAUUUUGGCUUUAUUUUUCAGGCCAUCACUAGACAGAUAUUCUCCUAAACAGAUUCACUUUCAUCAGCCUGUUAUUCGCUCUUCCAUGAAAACACCAUCUCCACCCCAAAUCACUCGAUCAAUUGCAGCCAAGGAGAUCCUACACAGGUUGCCAAAUCGACCUACUCUUCUCUUAGGAAAUAAGGGUUCUAGCAGCUAAAUAACGGACCUCCAUAGCAAGUCAUUGUGUCCUACUCAUUAUGGUGAGGUGACUGUAAAACAUAAAAGCACUUUACCACAUGACUAUCGUCUUGUAGAGGAAGAAGAGAAAUUCUUGUGUUGCCCACUAGAAAACAAUCUUGGCAUAUCCAAGAUUCUUAAUGAUUGUUCUACCAUGAAAUAUUGUCCAUGAACAGUGCAUUUCAAUGCUGUUAAAAGCAAACAGUUGUCCAUUUAUUCUGGCAUCUAUAUUUGUUAUUUUUGUACAUAGUCCUUAAAGUGGAUCUGUCACUUUGCAGGAUUUGAUUUUGAACAAAUCCUUCUGGUCCCUUUAUUCCAUUUGUUGUCAUUUUUUUUAAAAUUACAUUAGUUUUUUAGUUACACAUAAUAAAAAGUAGGAACUACCUUUUCUAAUGGGAAGUGUGAUCUUUGGCAAUGUGUGGCGCUUAAGAAAAGUAACAUUUUAGUUUCUAAGCUAAUUUACCCACAAUCCAUAAGUUAAAAGGAUCCCAUAGAAGGGCAAAAUGCAGACAUUAUGGACAAAGGAAAACAAAAUGGAGGCACCCAAGUACUUAGAUCUGGCACAAAGAAGAUGUCUUCGUUUACAGGAUAUGGGAAACUCACAAAUAAAGGGUCAAAAAUAGAUGUAUUACUAGACGUAUUACUAGGCGUUAGAGUGGCUGGACUUAACGUUAUUUAAGAUAGACAAAACCAGAAAUAGACAUGGUCAAGAUUAUAGAAAUAGAGAUAUACGAAUAAACAAUCUGGGUUAGGAUUCCAGAAACACUCAAAGUUAAUAUGCAAGUCAAGGUCAAUAUCACUGAAUGCAUUAUACAGCUAACAAGGUAGAAAAGAAACCACAGCACUGAAUAAGGGCCCAAACAAGCAUUAUAUAGGCUUGCAUACCUACUGAUUGGUCCACUUGAAGAUCGGAUGUGCCGUGUCACAAAUUCAUUAUAUAUAAAGAUGCGCCAUUACAUGCAAAUGAGCUGUGCAUUCGGCCCGCAUGAACAGGGAGGAGGAGCAGUUCGCCGUUGCCGAAUGAGUGAGUGCAUUAUUGUUCUCUUCAAUAAUGUCUCAAACCCAUGGCCAAGCCGAUCAUUCGGCCAGUACGACCUGUGGAGCGAAUUGGUUCAACAUCGUCGAACAGGUAAGUAUUGUGAUAGAAGAAAAGAUAAUAAAUAUAAAUAAAGGCAACGGUUAGGAGAGUAUAAUCAUUAAGAUGCAAGGGGCAGAAAAAAAAACUAAAAGAAAAACCAUAACCAUUGCAAUCAUUUCCGAUUAAGAAUCACAGUAAACAUUUAUAUUCACUAAAUUGAAUUUAAAUAUGGCCAAACUGGAAGCAUUCUCUAAGCCAACUUUGGCCCCAAAUUUGAAAUUCACUUCAAAUUCUCUUUGAAUUCUCACUUUAGUGAUAACCAGGUUAUUUCCACGCUUCCAUGGGUUUUACAUGCCAUUUGCUUAGGUCUAUUUUGUUUUUAUAACUGGCCUAUCCAAAGGCAGUGCUAGGAAGGACAAUUAAGUUGUUUUAGAAUUAUAUAUUUUAUAUUUCAAAGGAAUUCUGUAACCAGGCAUCCAUUCUUAUUUGGUACACUUAGUAUUCACAAGAAAACGAAUAGCCAAAACAGCUAAGGAGAAAAAUGGAUCUCAAAGACACAGAAUAGACCUUAGGUUUUGCAACUUGAAUGUUAUAUAGUCACCCCUCAGUUUCUAGGUUUCUAGGAGUAAGCACCUAAUCAAUGGUGGCCCUAAGAAUCCCAGAUAUAAUUUCAUUUAGAACUUUAUGGGAUGCCAAGGUAAACCAUAACUGAUUUAUGUGACAUAUAAACAUUAAUUCCAUAUUAGAUUUUACAAUCAAAAAGGACUAGUAUCAUAAGGAAUUGGUUUCAUCCAAUUAUUUUAUAAAGGCACUAUUUUUUUCUGCGUUGUAUAUUAUUUCUAAAGGUUUUAUGUCAUUUGAUCACUGUCAUUUGAAUUUUGUUCAAAAAUAAUCAAAGGCAGUUUCAUCAUUUGCAAAAUUAUUUCAAUGUGAUCACGGUCAUUUAUAUUGAUGUCAUAUUUAUUACGGAUAGGAUGUGGACAAUUUUAAUUGCUCUCAAAACAUUUAAAGGGAAACUCCAGGCACCCAGACCACUUCUGCCCAUUGGAGUGGUCUGGGUGCCAACUCCCACUACCCUUAACCCUGCAACUGUAAAUAUUGCAGUUUUCAUAAACUGCAAUAUUUACCUUGCAGGGUUAACUCCUCCUCUAGUGGCUGUCUAGACAGCCACUAGAGGGCACGUCCGGGUUCCUAGCACAGAUUUUCUGUGUUAUAGCGUCGCUGGACAUCCUCACGCUAUGUGAGGACCUCCAGCGUCGCUAAAAUCCCCAUAGGGAAGCACUGAAAUCAUUUUUCAAUGCUUUCCUAUGGGAAGGUCUAAUGCGCGUGUGCUGCAUUGCCGCGCGUGCGCUGCAUUGCCGCGCAUGCGCAUUAGGUCUCACCCCGCCGGUGGCCGCACAUGCGCAAUCAGUCUCCCCGCCGGAUGACAUCGGCGAGGGAGGAGCGUGGGUGGACCCUGGACCAGUGCCGAUGGACAUCGGCGAUGGACUCCGGUAAGUCACUGAAGGGGUUUAAACCCCUUCAGCAACCUGGGAUGGGGGGUGGGAGGGAGAGUGGACCCGCAGUGCCAGGAAAACGGUUUGUUUUCCUGGCACUGGAGUGUCCCUUUAAGUAAAUAUAACAGAUGAUUCUUGUGUCCUCUUGAGCUGAAGUGCCAGUGUUAGCUGCUUGCUUUCCUGCCUGAACUAAAUGCUAUUUUCAUAGCUGCUUAUAAGGAUACUACAGGCAUCAAAACUGCUUGAGCUUAAUGAAGCAGUUUUGGUGCACAGAUCGUGCUUCUGCAGUCUCACUGCUCAAUCCUCUGCCAUUUAGGAGUUAAAUCACUUUGUUCAUACAGCUUUAGUCAUGUCAUUUAAAGUUGUUUUGGUGCCUUUAGUGUCCCUUAAGUGAUACUUGCAAAUCAUUCGAAGAUCAACAGUGCAGGCAUGAAUUGCUAUAGUCUGUUUCAUAAUUGUGUUUUUGUUUUGCUUUUGUAUGUGGUUUUGUUUUGUUUGUGGGUUUAUUUUUUUAAGUGGUUUUUAAUGAUAGAUUUAUAGUUUAUUGUGACUCAAAAGACACAAGAAAUUGCUUGCAUCAGAGAGGAAUUCAUAAAUAAUAUAGCUAAUUGGAAGUGCAUGUGUUAUGUGCUGGCUAGUGUGAAUACAUUUCGUAAAAGUCUUCUUAAAUCUGAUUGUUAUUUUCCAAAAUCAGUUGUGAUAGCAGAAAAAAUGUACAAUGCAUGAUUUCAAAGAAAACUGCAAACUGCAUUGUAUAGUUGUAUUUAUCUGUUAGAAGUUUGUUUAACUAUAUAGAACAAAGAAAAAAAUAUAAACAGAAAAAUACUUAUUUGCAUAUCAAUAAUUUUACCCUCAUUAAAAAUACGCCAAAUAUUGCCUUCUGGGGUCUUUGCAUAAGACCGCCGAUGGCGUCUUUGCCGCCAUCUACUACCUGAGGAUCAUCUUUAGCUCCUCACGCUUUAUCUCCCAGGAACCCACAUUAAUACUAUACUCUCGCUUAUGAGUUUAUUGGCUAUAGAGGACCCUACAAGGCCAUGGGAGCUAACACAGUCAAUGCCUUUUUCUCCCCAGCCAUCACAAGUGAUGGCCAGGGCGGAUUUGCCAUAAGGCUGCCAAAGCCAUGGCCUCAGGGCGGCAGGCUGGACAGUGGUUGUCAGUGGUGUUGCUCAACCAGGCUUGAACCAAGAUUUGGCUGUUGAAAAGCCCCGGGUCAACGGUGAGGAGACACAGACUGGGGAAGAUCAGAGCUAGAAUUGCAAAUUUCUGUUUAAGUGUAUGGUUCUGACUGAGUGUGACACAGGGCAGAGGGUGUAAUGAGAGACAAAAAUGAUGGGGGGAGAAGGGCGAAAAGACUAGUGAGAACAGGAAUGGGUGAGGCAGAGAGAUAUGUGUGGGGAGACAAGGGGAGAGUAAUGGAGUGAGAUAUAACUGAGGACUAAUGGUAAACAGCUAUCACAAUCACAUUGAGGAAACCCCCAUUCAUCACAAACAGCCAGCCACAUAUACAACACAAGCCACUCUCACAACUCUCAGCCAACCAGACACACAACAUACACACAUAUCACACAGAACCACAUUUAGCCUGUGAUAUAUUCUUGUACUUUGUACUUAGCUGAGUUCCCUUGGUAUGAAGCUCUGUGAUAUACGUAAACACCGAAGAGCUCCACACAUAACUGUGGACAUGACUCUGGAUUUUAUUGCUUGGGAGCUCUGUGAUACACACAAAAAGACACUACACUUUACUGUCGGGGUUAUUUACUAAAGUGAGAAUUUAAAGUUAAUUUCACAUUUAAGGCCAAAGUAGCCGAACUAGAAAUAAAGAGAUUUUCCAGUUUGGCAUUUUUUUUUUUUUUACCUUGAAUUCUCACUUUAGUGAAAAACCCUGUGGGUUUCAAUGCUGGUGAGCUCUGUGAUACUCAUACACACCAUACUUUACUGUUGAGUGUUAAGUGAUUUUUAAAUAUGGUAGACAGGAUUCUGUUUCAAUUCCACUUUUCCACGUUGCCCAUGUAGAAUUAUCCUGAGCUUAUCUUCAAUGAUAAGCAAAUACUAUACAUAUAUAGGGAGGAGGGAAAUGGCCUUGGGGCAGCAUAGAGGGUAAAUACGGGCCUGGUGAUGAUAGGGGGAAAUGACAAAUGUAGCUCCAUAUUUUGUAAAGUUUUGUCAGGCGUAGGAAAAAUACAUAAGGUGAAGUAGACCCCACUUUUCAUUAUGUAUUUUAGGAGAAAAGAAAGAAAAAGAUACUUUAUUCUAUAUAUCAGGUAAAGAUAUUUUAAAGGGACACUGUAGUCACCAGAACAACUACAGCUUAUUGCAUUUGUUCUGGUGAGUAGAAUCAUUACCUUCUGGCUUUUUUCUGUAAACACUCUCUUUUCAGAGAAAAUGCAGUGUUUACAUUACAGCCUAGUGAUAAUUUCACUGGCCACUCCUAAGAUGUCUGCUAAAGCUGCUUCCUUACUGGUACACAUUGCUUCCCCACAGGACUGACUAAGACUACAUGCAGUGGGUGGAGACACUGAAUGGCAGUGCUGCUUACUAUGCUAAUACCGGCAAGCACUGAAACACUAGGGGACACUGUGAGACAUGGGGACGCUGUGAGACAUAGGGACAUUGGGAGACACACUGGAACACGGAGACACUAGGGACACAGUGUCCCCUAGUCUCCCAUGUCUCUGUGUCCCUAGUGUCUUAGUGUUCCCAAAUGUCUCAGUGUCCCCAUUUCUCCCAGUGUCCCCAUUGACUUCCUGCUUCACUGGACACUGCUGUUAGGGGGUAUGGAUUUACUUGAAAGAUGAAAGCAUAAAUUAGAGAGAGAUUAGCAUAGAGUAUAUGUUUUCUUAUAGCUGCAUCCUUUGAGUUUCCCUCCAACACCAUCUCUAUCAGAUACAUGACGCUAUACAGGUAUGACUGUUUUAGUGUUUUUGGUCGAUAAGAUUCUUGUCACGACUGCUAGUGUGGUCCAGCACGCAGAAGUAUGUAACAUCUACAUAGACAGAACAGAAAAUGAUAGAAGGUAAACCGGUCCUUAGAAUGGCCGGACUAAUAUGUUAAAAAUAGAGAAUGGUCAAGGAAAUAUACAAUACCGUUUAACAAGCCAAGUCAGGGAAACCAGAAAUCAGAAUAGUAAGGAAUAUCCAAGGUCAAAAUACCUGGAAUAUCAAAAACAGGACAAGAAAACGCACUCUCAGGAGCCAGGUACGGAAACAACGACAGGGCAAUAACCUAGGGAACUUAAGGGAUUUAAAUAUCACUCCUUUGGCUGUGAUUGGUCAGAGGGUGGCCUCUGACCCCAGAACGUACGUGCUUGUGUGACGACGUUGUGACGUCACGCAUGUUUGUGUGACCCUAGGGGGCGGAGCUAUAUCUGGCCAAGACCGUGUGGUCGGUGCCAUAUUGAAUCUGGGCAGGCAGCCAGGAGAAGCCGGCAGACCGGCUCCCGACUCACCGCUGAGCAGGUAAGUUCAGUUUGUCAGCGCAGUUGCACCGGUUGGGUGCGACUGCACCUCGCGGCGUGCCGUGACAAUGCUGUAAUUAGGCCCCAUCAUAAUGGUCAGCACCAGGCCCACUGGGCUCUUAAUCUGGCCCUACAGCAGGCAGUUUCACAGGCAAACAGGGGACUUGAAUAAAGUACGAUUUUACUAUAUUUAGGGAGGCAAGAAGGGACUAGAGGGGUUUGAUGGUGGUUUUAACACUAUAGGGUCAGAAAUAUAUGUUUGUGUUCCUGACCCUAUACUGCUCCUUUAAAGGUGUUUGAAUCAGAGUAUUUUAAGACGCUAAGGAUCUUAAGGGUAUGACGAAGAACUUUAAAAACUGGCUUCAUUAUUUUAAGGAUAAUUUUACCUUUAGAUGGUAAAAAGUGGGCAAAGUAGAAGAAAUCUUAAGAAAAUAGUAGAGGGAAGAAGUUUUGGAUAUUUGAUAAACCAAAAACAAAUAAAAGUGUCAGCAUUUAGCAAAAUGAUUUUACUGUGCUAGGAUCGCACAAUAUAGAAACAUAGAAUGUGACAACAGAAAAGAACCAUUCGACCCAUCUAGUCUGCCCAAUCCCUAUUUACAGAAGUUUAUUGAUGCUGUAAAAGCCCAACAUCGAAACUGAUAGCCUGUAGUUUUCAUUCAUCGGUAUCCUGAUACUAUAUCUUUCAUUUGUUGUCCGUUUCAACUAAAAAUGUAAAAUGUAUCUUCAUUAUUUUUCUGAAGAUCAGUUUGUCAUUGUAUGAUAACUGCAUUAUUUUAUUGUAAUGUUUACCAAAUGAAUACCGUGGUUUGUUAGAAUACGAUCUAUAAGUGCUAUGUGCCCAUCUCUCACCAUUUAGUGUGAAGUGAUUUGCUACUAGCUGCUUUGUAUUUUUUAUGUGUCAACCUUUCUAUUAUAUAUUCUGUAUUUUUUUUUCUGUCAGUUGCCUCAUGAGACGAAACAGCAACUUUAGCUGUAUGACAAUCAUAUUUUUGCACCUCUAGAUUUAUUAUGUAAAAAUGUAAAGCUUGAAAUUUUUGUAAUUUAUUGAUUUAAUAAAAAUGAAAAACA